GAAAUUUCCACGGGAAGAAAACGUGGAAUAUUUAAAUGUGCGGAAAUUUGCACAUUGCUUUCAUUUAAGAACUCUGCAAAGAGCAAAUAUUAAUUUACUUGUUGGCGUGUUUUCCUUCAAUGAGCGAUCUUUUUAAAUUCACAUUGGUAUGGUUAAUUAGUUAAUUUUAUUUGUUUGAAGCAAACCAGCAUUAUAAAAAUAAAGCCUUUAACAAAAUUGCUUUAAUUUACAAAAGGGGGAUUAAUAAAUUGUGGCGUGAUUAAUUUUGUUGAAAUAAAAAAGCAAAUCGUUAUUGAAUACGCAUUAUCAUCAUAUCUUCACUUAAUCCAGUAAACAAAACAAGUGCAGUACCAACAGCUGAAGCUACUUUUUUCUAUUCGGAUUGACGUAACUGGUGUAAUUUGAGUAAACAAUGAAUCGUAUGACUAUGGGUUCGGUUCGCGUGGCAAGAAGCGGGAAUCUCUUAAAUGAUACAUUUACGGCAGCUAUUCAAUCUACUGCUUCAACGUCAAAUUCAGACUUUACGUAUACAGAUAACGUUCAAUUAAAUUCAUCUGGAAAGGUAUCAUUAAUAAAUAGAACUAUGGUGUCUGCCCCUAACCGCGACGCCUUGAAGUCAAGUAAAAAUUCCGAAGAAGCCUCUGAAAUUGUAAAAAAAUCUGACAUAAUUUGUUUUGAUGUUGAUUCAACAUUAAUCUGUGAAGAAGGAAUCGAUGAGCUUGCAGAUUUUUGUGGUAAAGGUUCGGAGGUAGCACGCGUCACAAAAGAAGCCAUGGGAGGUGCAAUGUCUUUCCAAGAUGCCUUAAAUAUAAGAUUAAAUAUUAUUCGACCAAGUCAAAAGCAGAUCAAUGAGUUUCUCCAACAACGCCCUUGUACGUUAACUAAAAAUAUUAGAGCUUUUAUAGAAAAAUUAAAAGCGGAAAGGAAAGAAAUUUAUCUAAUUUCGGGAGGAUUUCAUUGCUUGAUCGAUCCUAUUGCAGACGAACUGGGAAUACCACGAAAUCAUAUAUUUGCAAAUAAAUUGCUUUUCUAUUUUAAUGGUGAUUAUGCAAGCUUCGAUACUACAGAGCCUACUUCAAAAAGUGGCGGCAAAGCGGAAGCAGUUUCGAUUAUUAAACACUGCCAUCCCAACGCUAAUAUUACAAUGAUUGGUGAUGGUGCGACGGAUUUGGAGGCAUCACCUCCUGCGAACAAUGUUAUUGGUUUUGGUGGCAAUGUGCUGCGGAAUGAAGUCCAUCAGCGGUCACAGUAUUACAUUAUGGAUUUUGCCCAAUUGUUGUGAUGUAACCUUUUUCAGGAAAGGAGAUUGCGCAUUAUGGGAUAUUCUACAUCAAUGUAUUUUCAAAAUGUAUAAUUUACCUUUAGUUAAUAAGUAGUAAUAUAUUUAAAAUUAAACAUGAAUUAUACCUGAAUUUGGAACAUAUAGAAAAAUUAUAUAGAUAUCAACACCCAUGAAUUAUACUUUGUAGCAAAUAUAAAUAAUUACAAAUUGUUAACAAAUUGUGAACUAUGCUCAAUAUAAAAAUGUAUGAUAAUAUGAGUACAGAUAAAUUGAGGUUAUGAAAAUGUGAAUAGAUGUUGAUUGUACAAAUAGUUAUAUAGGAUCGCCCUUGUGGUUGUUAAAAUUACAUUUAUAUAUACAUAAAUAAAAUAAAUGGCAAGGGUCAAAUAAAUACAAAAACCACAUGUA